GUGCCAAGAAGCUGGGACGAGGGAACGUGGGUGUAAAUAGACAGUGAACGCUCUUGGUCUCUCUCUCUCUCUCUCUCUCUCUCUCUCUCUCUCUCUCUCUCUCUUCUCUCUCUCUCUCUCUCUCUCCCUCCCCUUCUUUUCCUCUCUCUUUCUCUCUGUCUCUCUUUUAUGAAAUCAAUGAACGAGUUAUUGGGUAGGACAUAAAUAUAAGGAAUCAAAGCCUCCACCGGGACCAACGGCAUUGCGCGCUUUUGAUAUGCGUCUUCGCCAAACGCUACAUGUGUUUUCACAUCAAUGUAAAUAUUGGCUUUGAUAGGACGAGAGCGGAAUCAGCUCUGGCACGGCUUGGUCUCGGAACCAAAUUUUGACCAAGACUUCCACCAGCUUUUCACAUAAAACGCUUCUUCAACCAUCACCAUCUGCUGCUUGUUGUACCCAUCCCAACUCACUGGCCGGUCCGAAGAUGGCAACUUUAACCAACGGGCAGGUGGACGCCACGGUGCACGGUGUCGGUGUGGUCUCCGCCAGCACGAACGGGCUCGUGAACGGAUUAAGCCACAGCCACAGUCCGUCGGGCUGCCCGGCUACCAUCCCCAUGAAGGACCACGAUGCCAUCAAACUCUUCAUCGGUCAGAUCCCCCGCAACCUGGACGAGAAAGACCUCCGGCCCCUCUUCGAGGAGUUCGGCAAGAUCUACGAGCUCACUGUGCUGAAGGACCGCUUCACGGGCAUGCACAAAGGCUGUGCCUUCCUCACCUACUGUGCCAGAGAGUCGGCCCUGAAAGCCCAGAAUGCACUGCAUGAGCAAAAGACCCUGCCAGGGAUGAACAGACCUAUCCAGGUGAAGCCAGCAGACAGUGAGAGUCGAGGAGAAGACAGAAAGCUCUUUGUGGGCAUGCUCAACAAGCAACAGUCAGAAGAUGAUGUGCGGCGCCUUUUCGAGUCCUUCGGCAGCAUCGAGGAAUGCACCAUCCUCAGAGGUCCCGAUGGAAACAGCAAAGGUUGUGCGUUUGUAAAAUACUCCUCUCAUGCUGAAGCUCAGGCAGCCAUCAGUGCACUACACGGCAGCCAGACAAUGCCCGGUGCCUCAUCUAGUCUGGUGGUAAAGUUCGCCGACACGGAUAAAGAGCGCACCAUCCGCCGCAUGCAGCAGAUGGCUGGUCAGAUGGGCAUCUUCAACCCUAUGGCCCUGCAGUUUGGAGCUUACGGAGCCUACGCUCAGGUGCAGCAGCAGGCAGCAUUGAUGGCGUCUGUAGGCCAGGGAGGCUACCUCAGUCCAAUGGCAGCCUUUGCUGCUGCCCAGAUGCAGCACAUGGCCACCAUCAAUGGCCUCCCAGGAGCACCACUAACCCCCACGUCAGGUGGCAGUACCCCUCCAGGCAUCAGCGCCCCCACAGUGACCAGCAUCCCCUCCCCCAUUAGUGUAAAUGGUUUUACAGGCAUGCCACCCCCACAGGCAAAUGGGCAGCCCCCUGCAGAGGCUGUCUUUACCAACGGGAUACACCAUUACCCUGUGUUGCAGGAGGUGGUUUUUAGGGAGGACUCGGAGAAAAACGGCUUGGGCGUGGCUCCGCGGAGUUGUUUUGGGGUUCAGGGUGGCUGCUUCCUCUCCUCUCUCUCUGAAGCUCAAAGUCCCACUGCAGCUGAUCCUCUCCAGCAGGCUUACACAGGAGUCCAGCAGUAUGCAGCAGCCUACCCCGCUGCAUAUGGCCAGAUUAGCCAAGCCUUCCCCCACCCUCCACCCAUCAUUCCACAGCAGCAACGAGAAGGACCAGAAGGCUGCAACCUGUUCAUCUACCACCUCCCUCAGGAGUUUGGGGAUGGAGAACUGAUGCAGAUGUUCCUGCCUUUCGGUAAUGUCAUCUCCUCCAAAGUGUUUGUGGAUCGGGCGACAAACCAAAGUAAAUGCUUUGGGUUUGUGAGCUUCGAUAAUCCGGGUAGUGCCCAAGCUGCCAUCCAGUCAAUGAACGGCUUCCAGAUCGGCAUGAAAAGACUCAAGGUGCAGCUGAAGAGGCCAAAGGACGCCAACCGCCCCUACUAGCCCCCACCCCAGCUGGCUGCCACUGUGGCGGCUGGGGCAGCCGUCGCACACAGGGAAGGACAGGUUUUGUUGAAUCAUAUGUUGACUACUUGCUACCAGCCACUGAGUGCAAAUUCAACAGCUGGACCACUGAGGCUGCUUCAGAGACAGAGGAGUGAAGGAGAGAGAGCGAUGUCCGAGUCAAGGACACCUCCUUUUGGAUGUACUAAAACUUUGGAACUCAGAGAGAAUUUGUACCAGCCUGGUUAGCCCCAGGACCUUUUCUUCUGCACACAUAUACACACCUCUUUCCCCACAAAACCCUGCUUGAAUGACAGCUACCUUUUCUGGACCACAAAAAAACUUUUACUUGAACAAUGAGAAAAAAAGAGUAAAAGAAACUAUAUCAAACAUACUUACAAUGACCAACCCCACUGAACUCUUAAAGGGAAUAUGGAUGUCAAAAGUCCAACACGAACUAAACAAACUUUUUAAAAAACUGAGUAGAGGAUUGCCGUAGGAGAUCUUUCUGUAAGAUGGUUUGAGUUUUGGGCAAUUGACCUUUGAAGACCAAUUUAUAAGACUUGAAACACGAAGGGACAAAUUCUCGAGGAGAGAACUUAAGUAGGGAAUGUGAUAUUUUCAGGACACAAAUUGGCUUCGAUUUGGGAUGGCCAUCUUUAGCUCGGAGUGCCUGUCCGUUUCCAGGGGAUACCGUUGCCGAGGAGAGCCAUAGCAACGGUCUCCAGGGAGUCUUACCUGUCAUUCCUUAGUUGUUUUAGGGACCAAAAGACCAAACAUUUUUAUUGCUGAGGACUUGUAGCUCUAAUAUACUCGGACCACUGCAUCUCUUUCAGCCAGUGCUAACUGUUUGAGGAGUUGCAUUUAAAAGGAGUGUACAUUUCGAAUAUAUACAACACAUGUAUAUAUACAUAUAUAUUGCUGAUAUGCUUUUUGAAUACAGGCAAAACUAUUUCAGAUGACCAAAUGGGGUCUCUCACUUCGCUAGUUUACAAUUACUCAAAAUGUUUAUUUUUUCUCUUCUCAUUUCUUGGGAGGGAUGGCGAGUGCAUGGGAGGGGCUGCUCCGUAUCACAGCCUUAUCUUUUUUAACUUGACAUCCUAACCUCAUAGAUAGAAUAACAUCAGAAACGUUUGAAAUAUAUGAACUUGUUUAUAUUUGCAGUACAUAUAUAUGUAUAACAAGCAUUCAAGCAAAUGUAUUCAUAUAUACAGUAUAUAUGGAUAAAUAGAUAUUAAUCACAAACAAAUAUAUGUAUUUAUAUGCACAUAUUUUAUAUAUGUGUGUCUGUAUAUAGAACGGCAACUGACUAUGGUGAGCUGUAUUUUUUUGUAGAUUUUAGCUGGAGUUUGAAACAUUGCUCUGCUUGGGAAGAAUCGCAAAUCUGGCAGCUCCCAAAACUGCAGGCAUUCCUAUCUCUUACCUAUAUGCUGACACACAAUAUAUUGCUAAAAGAUACCUGUACAUGUGUGAGAAUACACAUAUGGUGUAAAUAAUAUCUGAAAAUGCAAAAAGCCACAUCUCAGUAGCAGGCUUUAAGAGAAUCAGGCUAAAUGAUUUUAGAGGAAAAGGACAAUUAUCUUCGACUCUAUUCCAAACAUAUCUUUUAUGCUUCACACACGGACGCACACAUUCGCAAGGACACACACAGACAUACACAGAAACACACAUACACACACAAACUUCUCUUUGAAACUUGAACCAAAAUGAAGACGUCUCACAACCCUUGCUCUCUUUUGCAUUCAGUAAAGUGCAUGUAGCGUAUGGGCUGUCACCAUGUCAAGGUGUGCCUUGUCACCUGCAGAAUCUGCCAUCAAGCACUGUGCUCUCAAAAAACAAAGAAAAAAAACUAAAUACACACAACUACUGCAAGCAGCCAGCGCGCUAUUAUGAUGUCAAAACUACAGCCAGAUCCAUAUCAUUUCUCAGCUGCGUAGAGAGCUUCAGUGCAUGUCCAGUAGAACAAACCGACUGACCAUUGUUGGUCCAUCAAUGUGUUUGGGAAAAAAUGCAUUUAGAAAUAAUGUAGAUCCAUGCGAUAACACAUCAAAUAAAAGUGGGCAUUAGGUAACCUGCUAGCACAGGUUCUAACUCUCCAAGCUGUGUGCAGGGUACCUGAGACCUGGUUCCAUCAGUUGGAGGAGGCAAAUGAGGGUACCUGUAAAGUUUAGGGUUACGACUGACAUGACAUGGCAUUAGGAGAAAUGCAACUUCAGCAAAAUUAUAAACCUACUGUUCCUACUGUAAGGUUUUAAUGAUGGAUAGAGAGCUUGCUUUCUACUGAACGGUAUGAAGGACAAAGUUGUAUGUACUUUUACAUCCAGCAGUUCAAGUGUACAAGACUAGCAAUACUUGACAUGAAGCAUAUCCUUUAAAAGAUGUUGUAUUGCCUUAUGUUAUUUGUCGCCACACAAUUUAAUACAACAGAAAAGCAAAAUGAAACUGUAGAAUAAAGUAAAAGAGUGAAAAGCCAUCUACUCGUUAUGAACCCUGUAUCACCGAGGCUGGUUUCAUAUUGUUUAGUAUACAGUUUCUCAUAAAAGCCUACAAAACUGGAAUGAACACCUACUCUGUACCUGCAAAUGGUCAACAGACAUGGAUUUAUUGGACCCUGCAUUCAACACAUAUUCAGUUGGUGGAGAUUACUCAAUGAAUAUUUAUAUAUAUGAAUAUUUAUAAGGCUAUAUGACACUUUGGAAGACAAUGCUUCCUGCUGGGUGCUGUUACUAGUUUUCCUAUAAACUGCUCAUUAUGCUAUUUCCCUAGUGUCUGUGUCUAACCUUUUUAGCAGAUUGAAUAAUUUAACAUUUACCUUCCAAAUCCAGCGAGGCUAAAAGAUGGCCCUACACAUCCCAGGACACCUCUGUUUAUGCAUGCCUCAUAACAAUGCUCUGAGCACGGCGUAAAGUGCAAACCGUGAUGACCAGCAUUUUACUCUGACAGUGGGUUUAUACCAAACGCUGUGUAUACACCCACCCAAGCGGUCUUUGAGUUAACAAUAAUAUCUGAAGCUAAAUGUCAUACGUCCAGUAUCCCUAAUCGGAGCACCGUGUGCCCUUUUUGACUGCCCGCCACUGCACUGAGGAAACUGACAAAGGCGUCAACACAACCUGUGCUUUGAGCAAUCGUUCAUGACUUUCACUGAGCCCAUGUUCUCAUGUCGAGUGAAAUAAGGGGAGGGGGAGCGGAGUGACCCCGGAUACUAGAAUGCCAAGCACCUCAUCUUCAUUUGCUCCAACUUUAAGCUGCAAGUUUACAUGAGAAAGGUAAAAAAAACAAAGUAUAGUGGUUCAAAAACAACAAGAAACAGAGCAGAAGUUUGAAUAUAAAUAUAUAAAUAUAUACAUAAACCGAUGAAUAUACUGUAAAUUGUUUCUUUUUUUGCUCUGUUUUCCUCUGUACAUAGGUUUGCAUAUUUUAUAGGACUUUUACUUCUAUCUACAAGGACUGGAUAAAGUACUUUAAAUACUUACAAAAAAAAUAUAUGAAUGAAAACAUGAUAAUGCUCAUUAAAACCAGGUACAAAAUAAAAAAAAAUAGUCGCAAGGAUACGGUACAAACUGUAGGACCUGACCAAGGCAUUUAUCCAGAAUACAGUCAGGGAGAGCAUUGACCUCAGUUAGAGCUUAGACACAUUUACCUAUUUUAUAAAAAAAAAAAAAAAUACUAUGGGUUCUAUUCAUUUAUCUAUUUGUUUAGAUAUUUAUUUAUAAGUCAUGUCUAAAAUGAUAUGCAUGCUUUCAUGGCAUUAUUUUUCUAUGAGUUGGUACGUGACCAAAUAGUUUUUAUAUGACAUGCAUGGGCCACUGUUGUGGUCCACAGAUGAUCAUUGUUCCUGUCUGCAGGACCAUGCCUUCAGCACUUCUUUGAUGAGGGAGAAAAAUGCUCCUACUGACCAAGUGAUGUCAAAGACAGAUUUGAUUUGUUUAUUUAUUUGUUUAUUUAUUUAUUUAUUUGUGUUCAUGUAUUUAUUUAAUAAUUUAUUUGUGCUGUUUGAUUCAAGAUCUGAGCUCUAUUAUUGCCACCGAUCAGUUUGUAAGCUCGACUUUGUAUCACUACAUCCCAUAUUUAUCACAGUAAAUACUGGCAGACUCUGAAUUUAACAACUUUAAAGACUGGUAAUACCUUUUCCUGUUGCUGAUAAACUACUCUAAAUGAUGCAGUCAGCUGCUGUUUCUAAAGCCUUAUGUAUAUUUGUAGUACUAAAUUCUUACUUUGUUUUAAAAAGUUUAAUAUGUUGAAAGACGGUUAAAUGGACGGCAAAUGAAAGAUUUCUCUUUCACUUCCAUGUACCAUUUGCAUUCAUUGACGUUUUUUUUAAAUGGAACGAGGGGUAAUCUCUAGUUUAACAUUCCCUCUUGAAACAGAUGUUCAAUCAAAUAUGUAUUCAACAAAAGCUAUGCCUUGAGGUCACUAUAAGUUGCUGCUAAUAUGUGCUAACUUAUGCCUAAUGAAUUGUUAAUUGCUGAUUAAUUGCUUGCAUAAAACACCAGUUUGUUUUUUUUGUUUUUUUUUAAUGUAAUCCCAUCCUCCCACCUUUCUCACCCUGCUUUGUAUUAUUUGACAGAGCUCUGAUCUUGUUCAACUGAUGUGUUAUACCAAGAGCAAAAUUCAAUGAAAACUGCACUAUCUCAUCAAAAAAAUGGAGUUACUAUCAUUUUGUCAGUGUUAUUAGUGCUUUCAUUUAAAAAAAAAAAAGAAAAAAGAAAAAAAAAAAUCAGUCGUAGUAAUAGAAUCACAUUCUUCUUCAUGUGGUUUUAAAAGUAUUCUGGAAAUCUAUUUCCCAGUUUCAGCACAUAUGGAGGGUGGGGAAAUGAAUGUUGCAUAUUAAGCUUUGCCAGGUUCCUGAUGAGCUAAGCUUCUGAUUGGGCAGUGCGCUUUAGGCUCCCGCCCCUGUCUCUCCAGACUGCACCAUUCUCUGGUCCCCUGGACUCUUUUUUUGUAAUUUUAAAUGAAUGAUGCGUCUCAGCUUAGCCCAAUAAUAAAGCACAGUCUAGAAUAAA